AUGUCCGACGCCGCUGCAGAGGAGUUCAAGUCGCAGGGCAAUGAGCUGUACAAGCGCGGGGACUACCAGCGCGCCAUCGACAAGUACUCGCAAGCGAUCGACGCCGCUCCCACUGUCGUGGCCUACUACGGCAACCGCGCAGCCGCCUCGUUCAUGCUGGGCAAGCACAAGGACGUGGUGACGGACUGCAAUCGCGCCAUUGUGUUCGACCCCAUGUACAUGAAGGGCUAUGUGCGCAAAGCGAAGGCGCAGCUCGCGAUGGGGGACAAUGAAGCCGCUCUCAAGACGUAUCAGACGGGACUAAUUCGUGACCCGAACAACAGCACGUUGCUGAGUGACAAGCGCACGCUGGAGAUGGCGCUGAGUCAGGUGCAGCGUGGCAAGGAGCACCUUGCAGCGGGCAAGUUCUCGCAAGCUGUGGCCAUGUUUGACAGCGCCGCGCAGGUGUGCACGGGCUCCAGUAAGAUCAAGCUGCUGCGUGGCGAGGCGCUGAUUGGGUGUGAGCGCUACGACGAGGCGUUCGCGGUGCUCACGCAGCUCAUGCGCACGGACUCGAGCAGCCCUGAGCUGCUCUUUUUGCGGGCCCGCUGUCUGUACUACCAGGGUGAGUUCCCGAGUGCGAUUAAGCACUUACAGCAGGCGCUGCGCUCGGAUCCGGACAACAGCAAGUGCAUGAAGGAGAUUAAGCGAAUUCGCAGUUUGGAGACUUGCAAAGAGGAGGCGAACGAUGCUUUCAAAGCCGGCAAGAUGGCAGAGGCCGUGCAGAUGUACACAGAAUGUUUGAAAAUCGAUCCCAAGAACAAGGCGUUCAACUCGAAGAUUCACUGCAAUCGAGCGAAUGCGUUGUCGCGUUUGAAUCGACAUGACGAGGCCAUCAAGGACUGUGACAAGGCCGUCUACUACGACCACGGCUAUGCCAAAGCUUACCUUCGCAAGGCUGCUUGUCUGAAGGCCCUUGGCGGUCCGGAAAAUCUGGAGCAGGCGCUGCGUGUCUACGACCAAGCUUCGAAACUUGUAGGUGACGAUGCUCAGCGUGACAUCCAAAACAACAUUCGCCAGACCAAGCUAGAGAUCAAGAAGGCGAAGCGUAAGGACUACUACAAGAUACUGAACGUCGCACAGGGUGCCACGGACGCUGAGAUCAAGAAGUCGUACAAGAGGAUGGCGUUGAAGUUCCACCCAGAUCGUCACGCAGGUAAAUCGGAAGAACAGAAAGCUGAGGCCGAAGCAGCUUUCAAGGAUGUUGGCGAGGCAUAUGCCGUGCUGUCAGAUGCCCAGAAACGACAGCGCUAUGACUCGGGAGUGGAUCUCGAAGACCUCGACAGCGACUUUGGCGGAGGUGGCAUGGGAGGCGGCAUGGGUGGCGUCGACCCCUCGCAGAUAUUCCAGAUGUUCUUUGGCGGUGGCGGCGGUGGCAUGGGCGGAAUGGGCGGCAUGGGCGGCGGCAUGGGCGGCCAGCGAUACCACUUUGGUUAG